AUGACGAUGCGGCCGGCACCACUCGUCAUCGCCCCUGCGCCAUUCUCUCGUCAGCCGCUCAAGGCGAUCUACAUCACAUAUGUCCUUAUCAGCAUCUUGAUUCGCCAACCGUAUUGGACCCUACGCUACUACUUACGACUCGGGGUUCCGUACCCUCGGUCGUGGUCACUCAUCGAAGCGCUAGGUGCACAAUCGAUGCGCCAGAUGCCUCGACUCCUCACCCAGUGUGAUCUCCGUUUCAACGUCUCCUCCAGGAUCGAACUUCCUUCAAAGCCUUUCCGCCGAUGUCGAGCGCUCUGGGUCCCCCCUGCUUCAGAUGCUUGGAUCAAGAAGGGCUCGAUUGUCGAUGACGAGAUCGUCAAGGUUCGGAGAUGCCCGGCCUAUGUGUACGGCAAGGACCAUCGAGGGUUGGGGCGGAUGCAAGUGAGGAAGGGGGAACAUGUUUUACUGUAUUUCCAUGGUGGGGCGAACCUCAUCGGCAAUGCCUCCGAACUAGAUGGCACCGCUCGUAAGUCGGCGCCCGCGCACGGGGCCGAAACCCUGACGGGAUUACUCACCCGAAUCUCCGAGUGCGGCCUCUUUCCAUCCAGAGGCGGUGCUACAGCUCUUAUCGAGGUGUUCCAAGACGCUACAUCACGCUCUUUCGGUCGACUACACCAAAGUGGGCGACCUUCCCUUCCCAGCCCACCUCCAGGACGCGAUCAGCGCCUACGCCUACCUCGUUUCAGACCUCGGGAUCCCGCCGUCAGGCAUCCUCGUCGGAGGGGACUCGGCCGGCGGUGGCGUCGCCAUGUGCCUGUUGAGGUACCUCAGGGAUGUGAUGAAGGUCGACGAGAUGCCGCGAGCAACGCUAUUGCUUAGCCCCGCAUGUGACCUCUCGGGUGAUUUGGAAAAACUUCCCGAGAUUGAACAGAGUGAGGUCGUCAAGUUGAGAGCGAGCCAGGAUAUGAUGAACAGGGCGGUGGUCAGUCAGCUUCAACUCGAUCCAAAAUUGAUGCCGGAAAGGACAAAAAAUUUGAAUGUUUGUUUUGCAUUUUUUCAUCCCAGUACAAAACCUACAUGGUCAAACGACUCUUGCGCCACCACCCACCUUCGUUGCUUCGGUCUCCGUAUCUCUCGCCGGCAUCCCCUCACAUCAAACCGACCCCAAGCCUAUUCAAGGGUUUUCCCCGGGUGUUCAUCACCUGCGGUGGUAUCGAGACGUUCCGACAUUCGAUCGAAGAGUUGGCCUCGCGAUUCCGACUAGGAGGCGUUGAAACGAGUUGAGUCGACCUCCGAGACAUCCAUCCACUGGCCUCACCUCCUCUGAGCUGACGACGGAGUUGCCAUUCAGCCUUCCAUCUCGAGCCAGAUGCCGUUCACGACUACGUUGUCAUCCCUUUUUGGAACAAGGCGAGCAAGGCCAAGACGUUCGACUUGAUCGCGAGCUGGGUUAAUAACCAGAUUUUUCCAGCGGCAACGAAGCACGUGACAGCGCACAUGUAG